UUUACAGGGCACCAAAGCGCAGUGGCCCUUGAGAACAGUAGAAAUCAAUUCUUCAACUGUCGAGAAAACCUCGUCCUCCUCCUUCUUUGCACAGUUUUGGGCUUUUCUAGGUUGUGCUGGGUACAUUAACCCAAGUUCGCGAAUAAGAUGUUUGGAACGGUGCGGGUGUUGAGGCGUGUCUUUAAGAUGACGAGAUUUUGCAUGAUGUAAGGAACGGCCGACAGCAGCAUCUUGAGCGGUGACAGAUGUCGGAACCUGGAACUUUGUGAACUCUUCCCCUGCACACGUAUUACGCUAGUCGACCUCGCACGUCUCUCUCCAGAUAAAAGAUCAAAUCGCAAAUCCAUCCCCAGAAGAAUCAUAUUCAAAAGCUCGCUCUUUGGAUUACACUCGACGUUAACAGAGCAUAGUUUCAUUGGAAAUGAUGGCCGGGUCGUUAUUGUCGUACGCUUCACCUUUCGUGUCGGUCAAAGCCGGGGCUCCCAAACAGCCGCUGUCGGCCGGGCUUCCGUCGAGGAGUCGUCGCCGCUGCUACGACCCGCCACGGCGGGUGGUGGCCACGAGGGCGGGGCAGGCUGGGGAACACAGGGACACGUCUUCGGACGUGCAGGUGAAUCAGAAUAACCAAGGGACUGCUCUUGACAGGAGGCCCAAGCGUUUGGCCGUCGACAUCUCUCCCUAUGGGAUGAUGGAUCAUCUAUCUCCGAUGAGGACGAUGCGCCAGAUGCUGGACGCCAUCGACCGCCUCUUCGAGGACGACACGAACGGCAGCGGGGGAUGGGAGAUCCGCCCCCCGUGGGACAUUUACGAGGACGACCGCGAAAUCAAGAUGCGGUUCGACAUGCCGGGGCUCUCCAAGGAGGACGUCAGGGUCUCCGUCGAAGACGACGAGCUCGUCAUCCAUGGGGGGGAGCGCAGGGAACCGAGCGGAGGAGGAGACGGCCCCUGGUCCGCCAGGAGCUACGGCAGCUCCUACUACACCCGGCUCCAGCUCCCGGACGACUGCGAGAGGGACAAAGUCAAGGCCGAGCUCAAGAACGGGGUGCUGCUCAUCUCGAUCCCGAAGGCUCAAGUGGAGCGCAACGUUGUCGAUGUUGAGGUCCAGUGACAAGGGACGCCGAGUAGGAUUCCGCAUAUGUUACGGAGAUCCUGUACCGCCCGUGUCUCGCUUCUGUUCCCUUACCUCGUCGUAUAUGCAUAUGUUCGACAAAGGAACCAUCUUUGUCGUGUUUCGCUUUCCGGAUCUCGCGGCCCUUCAAUGGGCUUGCUGAAGUUGAGCCCAAGAUGGGCAGAAACUGUUCAUUAGCAAGAGAGGGAAGAGACUCCCCUCGUUUUCGA